AUGGGCAAGAAGCUCGCCAUGUUGGGAUGUGGAUCGAUGGGCAGUGCGAUCUUGGCAGGUCUUGUCGAGGAUUCCGGAGCAGGUGGUGCUCCAGUGACGUCUUUCACAGCAUCAGUCCGCUCGCAAGCUUCGGUGGAGAAGCUACAGACAAGAUUCGCAAAGCACGUCGCAAAGGUACAGAUCGUACAGGGCGAACUGAUCUCUUGUGCUAAGAGUGCAGAUGUGAUCAUUGUGGCCACUAAGCCAUAUGCCUUGAAGGAAGUGCUCGGUGCUGAAGGCAUGGGCGAAGCUGUCCGUGGCAAGCUUGUGAUUUCUGUCCUUGCUGGAAUCAGCCCAGAGCUCAUCCUCGAUACACUCUACGGGAAGGAUCGAUCAGAUGAUAGCACUUGCCAUGUCGUGCAGGCCACGCUGAACUUGGCGGCUCGAAUUCGACAAUGCACGGCUGUCCUGAACGAUGCUGCUCUCGCCCUGCCAGAAGAAGAACUGGCUAUCACGCAGUGGGUGUUUGAGCAGAUAGGCGAAGUAAGGUACCUACCAGCGUCCAUGAUGCCCGUGGCUGCUGUCUUGGCCGCCAUUCCUGCCAUUGCAUCAGUCGCACUGGAUGGCAUGCUGGACGGUGCUGUUGCGCAGGGUGUGGUGAGGUCACAAGCUCGAGAAAUAGCGGCACUCAAUCUGGUUGGCCUGGGAAGACUAUUGCUGGACGGUGAUAACACAGAGCAGUUGAGGGAAGCCACGGCUUCGCCAAGAGGAGUGACGAUACAGGCACUCUUGGAGCUUGAACGUGGCAAGGCAAGAGCGACAUUUGCUGAUGCAUUCAUCACUGCCUCGGAGCACGCCAGGACGAUGGCUUCCAUCCAGGACUGA